CAGGGAGGUCCUCUGGUAUUCCUCUUCCCUCUCUUUUACAGAGACCCCUCUCCCUCUCCACUCCCCCCUUCAGGGUUGGGACCAAGGGCUGAGUCACAGGAAGCUCUGGGGCCCUGAGUCACCCCCACCCCCCGGCUCAGCCCCUCCCUGGGCUGGAGGGAGCUGGCUCUGGAGCCGUGUGUCCUACCGACUGACCCCCACAUCCCAGAACUUCCGUUCGGAGGCAAGUGCCUUUCCCACUGUGACCUCACUGUUGCCCACCCUGGCCUCUCCCGAGGCCAGCCUUUGCUCCGUUUUUCUGUCUGAGUUGGUCUCUUUGGAGACAAAACUUCUGUCUGCUCUAACUUCCACGUCUUGAUCCCAGCUUCUGCUUUCCCCUCACCGCCACAUCUCCUCUCUCCAUCUCUUUGGUUUUUUUUCAAAUUCUGCCCUCUCCAUCUGUCUCUCUCUCUUGGAUUGUUCCCCCUACCCCAUUAGUUUUCACUAAGGUCUGCACUGAGGCACGGCUGUGCAGGGGCCGGGGCUGGAGGUCUCGUUUCCAUGGCCUCUGACCCGGGCAGCCGCGGCCUCUGCCUCUGGCCUCGUGGCCCUGAGCGGGCCUGGGUGGACCUAGAAAGGGCAAGGCUGUCCCCCAGCUGUGCUGGUGGAUAGAGGAGACCAACCGAGGCAGAGACAAGCAUGGAGAGGCCCAGAGAGAGAGGCAGGGCCAGAGACAGAGAGACAGAGAGAAAGCCAAAGGGAGGUCUGGAGGCAGGGAGACAGUGAGACAGAGAAACUGAGUCACAGACAGAGACAGAGAGACCUAGGGUCGGCAAGAGACAGGGACAUGGAGAGAGAGCACAGACAGAGAUGGAGACAGAGAGACAGUGACAGGAGACAGAAUGAAAGAAACACCCGAGGGGCACGAAGAGGCCGAGAGACAGAGCCAGAGAGAGAGAAAUGGAAACAGACAAAUGAACAGAGAGUCAGAGACACUUAGACUUGAGACAGAGCCACAAGACAUAGAGGUGAAGGCAUAGAGGAGAGAACAACAGAGACAGGGAAAGGCAGAGACCAAGGCAAGGCAGGACCUGGAGGCUCCCAGAGCAGGAGAGGCUGAGGGAGGGGCCCGAGGUGAGGCCUAGGAACCAGAGAGGGAGGACAAGAGGCGCAGAGAGACCCGGGCCGGGCCACAAGGGUGGCAGCUAGCGGGGGAGUGGGGGGGCGCCCAGGCUGCAGCCUCAGGAGUGCCCAGGGGCAGUGUUUUUUCCCCGCGGGCAUGCGCGUGGUGUGUGGGUGUGCCCGGGGGGUGUCCCCAUCACUCUCCCGCUGCGUUGCACCCCGAGGGGGGAAUCACAAGUGUGCCCUGGAGCAGGCAUGGCACGAGCUGUGCUGUUGCCACCCGGUGUGUCCGUGUGUGCCGUUUGGCGUUGCUGGGUGUGUCGCUGGACGUGUUUGUGCAUGAGUGUCUCGAUUCCCUGUGGCUGGUGGGGCCGUGUCUCUUCGUGACAUAUGACAUGGGAGGGAGAGGGGUUCCGUCUGCGCGAUCCCUGCAGGUGCGGGCUGUGUCCCGGAGGUCAGCGUGUGCAAGGUGUGUGUCUCAUGGUAGCGUGCCAGUGUCUCCUCGCGUGUGGCCGGAGGACGGUCCCGUCUGUGUCCAGAUGCACACGUCCAGGUCCGUGUGUUAUCUCCGUGCGCUGCGUGUGGUGGCGUUCUGCAUUGUGGGUCACGCUAGGAGUCACCGUGCGUCACUCUGCACGCGUGGGCCGUUCUGUAACGUCGCUGUGGGUUGCGUCUCGUCAUGGGGCUUGCGUGUGUCGUGGUGAGCUGUCAUUCAGAGAUGCGACCCUGUGUGUCAUGUCUAGGCGUGUCCAUCGCGGGGGCCUCUCCUUUCCCCACCAUGAACACAGCCUGGGUGCUCGCACGCAGAGCGUACUGUUUGUGUGGCUGUGUAUUCUGCUGCACUGGAGGGCGUCGCCCCGGUGUUGUGCGUGCUGUCGUUGCGGGCCCGGGUGUCGGCCGGGCCAGUGGAUCACAUCUGCUGUUUUUUUGCGACGCACGGUGUUUUGUGAAAGAUGGUGCCGGGAAAUACCGUGUCGGUGUGCUUUGUGUCAUUCUGUGUCCGUGUAGGACUCUGUGUAUGUUGUGUUUGUGUGUUGGUGUGGCCAUGCGUGUUGGAGUGCAUCAUGCACCGGGCCGUGUGGGGUGUAGUUCGGAUGUGGCUUGUCAGUCAGAGGAGAUACUGCGUGCCCUACUCUGUGCGUGUUGCAUUUAGGCGUCGUGGUCCGGGUAGACUGUGCCCCAGCUGCAUGGGGCUCCCUCCCCCGUGGGGCACCGCUCUGGGUUCUGUCCUCCGUGAUGCACCAAAAUAGAGCAGGAUGUCUUACUCUGGGCACGUGCUGUUUGGGGCUUUUUCUAUGUGUCGCUGUGCAGUGUAGGUCUCUCCGUGGGUCCAUUUAUGUUGUUCUAACUACGCGUCUGGAUGGCAUUGUGCCCCGGGGUAUACUGUGUGGCACAGUCAGUCUGUCUGUGCUGCAAGUCAUUCUGAGCCUGUGCGCCCGGGUCGCCAGGUGCCAUGAUGUGGAUCGGUGUGCAUUUCUCGCUGUGCUGGCGCUGGGGGACGGCCACUGGUGUGUCCCUAAACGUGGUGUGUCUGCACACGUCGGGUGUCAUUCCGCGGGUGUAGAAUGUUUGGGACACUUACUAGCGCAUUGUUUACAUAGAUGUUGAGUGCGACAUCUGGCUGUCACUGAGUCAAUACAUAUUGUGUGUCUGUGGGAAAACUGGUAUGUGUUAUGCUAAUGUAGCUGUGGCCGUGCACCAUGUGCGGGGGUCUGGGUGUGGCUAUUUGUGUCGGAGAAUGUUGUGUCCCUUUUGAUUGUCAUGUUUGUGCCUGUGUGUGGACAAUAUUUGGGUGGUCACGUGCGACCCGGGGCAGUGCCUGCCUCGCUGAGUGCCGGCGUGGGUCACACCGCAUGUGUGGUGUCUGGGUGUGGCUGUGGGUUUCAGAGCUCAUCGGGAGUUGUGAGUCACUCGGUGUAGGUUGUGUUGUGUGCCCAUGUGUGUUAGGUUCCGUCUCCGGCCAUGCCGUGUGUGAAGGUUCAUCACCCCGCGUCUUGUGGUGUCUGGGUGUGGCUGAGUGAAGGUGUGUAUUACAGGGCACAGACCGUUGUGUGUGACAAAACCUAUUGUGUCCCAGAAGCAUGUGUCUUUAUCCACGUGGAUGCACGCCUCUUCCUUGCUCUGCCCCGAGACACACCCCAGUCCCUCCUUAGACCGAGAAGGGAGGUUGGGGAGCCUCCCCUCUGCCCAAGGGCCACGCCAGCCCCUCCCCGCCCUGCCCAACCGUCACCACCCCCAGAGGGCACAGACUCCCUCCGUGCCUCAAAGCAAGAGCCCCAGAGCGAGGAGCAGAGCAGGCUGAGGACCUGCAAGCCACAGUGGCUGCCCUUUGUGUGCUGCGAGGUGGGGGACCCUGGGCAGGAAGCUGGCUGAGCCCCAAGACCGCAGGGGCCAUGGGCGGGGAGCUGGUGCCAGGCCUGGGGGCCCUACAGCGGCGAAAGCGGCUGCUGGAGCAGGAGAAGUGGCUGGCUGGCUGGGCACUGGCACUGGCGGGAACUGGCAUCGGACUCAUGGUGCUGCACGCGGAGAUGCUAUGGUUUGGAGGGUGCCCGUGGGCGCUCUACCUGUUCCUGGUUAAAUGCAUGAUCAGCAUUUCCACCUUCUUGCUUCUUUGUCUUAUCGUGGUAUUUCACGCCAAAGAGGUCCAGUUGUUCAUGACCGACAACGGGCUCCGGGACUGGCGCGUGGCGCUGACCGGGCGGCAGGCGGCGCAGAUCGUGCUGGAGCUGGCCGUGUGCGCUCUGCACCCAGCGCCGGUGCGGGGGCCGCGGUGCGCUCAGGGUUUAGGGUCCCGGUCCGCGGCGACGCAGUCCUGGCCGGGCUUCCUGGAUGAGGGGGAGGCGCUGCUGUCGCUGGCCAUGCUGCUGCGCCUCUACCUGGUGCCCCGCGCCGUCCUCCUGCGCAGCGGCGUCUUGCUCAACGCGUCCUACCGCAGCAUCGGCGCCCUCAACCAGGUCCGCUUCCGCCACUGGUUCGUGGCCAAGCUGUACAUGAACACGCACCCCGGUCGCCUGCUGCUCUGCCUCACGCUUGGCCUCUGGCUCACCACCGCCUGGGUGCUGUCGGUGGCCGAGAGGCAGGCUGUUAAUGCCACCGGACACCUUUCGGACACACUGUGGCUGAUCCCCAUCACAUUCCUGACCAUUGGCUAUGGGGAUGUGGUGCCAGGCACCAUGUGGGGCAAGAUUGUCUGCCUCUGCACUGGAGUCAUGGGGGUCUGCUGCACGGCCCUGCUGGUGGCCGUGGUGGCCCGGAAGCUGGAGUUUAAUAAAGCAGAGAAGCACGUGCACAACUUCAUGAUGGACAUCCAAUAUGCCAAAGAGAUGAAGGAAUCAGCUGCCCGAGUGCUGCAAGAGGCCUGGAUGUUCUAUAAACACACACGGAGGAAGGAGCGUGGAGCUGCCCGAAGGCACCAGCGCAGGCUGCUGGCUGCCAUCAACAGGUUCCGCCAGGUGCGGCUGAAACACAGAAAGCUCCGGGAGCAAGUGAACUCCAUGGUGGACAUCUCCAAGAUGCACAUGAUCCUGUGUGACCUGCAGCUGGGUCUGAGCAGCUCCCAUCAGGCCCUGGAGAAGCGGAUGGAUGCACUGGCCCGGAAGCUGGACACCCUGACCGAGCUGCUUAGCAAUGCCCUGGGGCCACAGCAGCUUCCAGAACCAAGCCAGGAGGCCACGUAGCUGGUGAGAGGGCUGGACUCAGGCAGAACAUCCUGGAGAAAUGGUGCCUGUGGAUAGCGCCCCAUGGGGCUAAGGGGCAGGGGAUGGUCUUGGGGACAAGGCUACCCUUUCUCUUCUGCUGUUUGGAAGACAGGACUCAAGUUUGGGGCUGGACUAGCAGGAAAGGAAGGAGAUAGUCCUUCUCUUUGCUGACCCUCAAUAUCUUCUCCCUCUUUCUUUGCUUGGUCUCCCUGCCUGUCUCUGGGCAUGCUCUCAGUCUCUGUGCAAAUGCCCAGUCUCUUGGUGGCAGGUACACCCACCCUCUUCCUUCCUCCUCUGUCCAUUGGUGUCUGUCUCCACCUCAGUGUCCCUGCUGUUGCUCUCCCUCUGGCUUCUGGCCUGCCUGUCUAGCCAUGUCUCUAUUUGUCUCCCCAGGACCCAUGGAGGAAGAACCAAGCUACUUUCCCCAGGAUUGAGGUCGAGGACAUUGUCCCUGCUACUCCUGACCCAGCCCUACGAAUAAAGCACCUCGAGUGCAAGGACCGAAGGGGGCUCCACCUUUGGAUGGGCUCACUCACGGAUGGCUGCUGGAGGAGACACUGGCUCAAGGAGAAGGGCCGUGGCCACACACACACACGCCCACUCCCUGCCCCCAACGGGAAAAUGGUCACUACUACCCUACAUACCCUCGACAAAACAUCCUCACUAUGCUGCUACGGAUGACCUCCAGCUUUCAGUUAGAAGGGGAGGUGCCUGGGGGGGUGAGACUUCUGGGUCCCAGAGGAGGAGGGGACCAGGGGUGGGGGGGGGCCCAGAGUCCAGGAUCCUGGGAUGCCUCAGUUACCGCUGGAUAAGGGAGCUGAAGGAACCAGGCCUGAGGCUGAGAAGAAGCAGCGCCCUCUGGCGGGGGAGCAAGGAGAACACAGUUUUCCAGAGCUGCAGAGUAUCUGGUGGGGAGAAGGCGGGUGGGGGGCACAACUCACCAGUCUCUGCUCUUAACUUUGUAAUAAAUGUUAAACAAAGCCA